CUUGGCUUCUUUGCAGGCAAGUCCCAAUCCUAAUUCCUGCCUACGUUUCUUUUCAAUAAAGGAUGCACUGCACUGUCAGGCUGAGUACUGAGCGCUUACUGAAGCGGUUAAAAUAGCAUGUCAACAAGUGACGCAGCAGAGUUGGAGCUCAUAGUUGUAGGAGGAGAGACAAGUACGCCUCUGUGCAGGACAGCACGGUCGACGCGGACAGCACGGUGUGCCUUGUCAGGGUUCAUUUGUGGAUUUUCUUGCCUUCUUAAUGGGGAUGGGACCAUCAGUUGUGUUGUGCAGAAGUCAGUGAUCAUCAAGAUGAAACAUUUGUUGAGAAGUUCAAACAGGAGAAUCAUCGCCGUGAUGAAACUCCAAAUGAGCACCAGUGUCACAGAUCAGCCAUCAGGCAGGAUGAAGAACCACACAAUGAACUAAUAUUAAGAGCAGACAACCUCAGAAAAGGCGAGGAUAGUAAUUGUAGUGAUUCAGACCAGACCCAGAAGCCAGUCGAGUCCAGAUUCACCUCUCUGUUCUUGAGACCAUCUACCAACCGUGACUUCAACCAACCAGCCCAAAGACUGAAGAAGAGUUUAGACCCCUGUCUACACAGUUUUACUGGACCACAAGGGGUGGGGAUCAAGGGCAGCAGCUUUCAGGUUAAUGGUAAAACACCAACACAAGACACAUCUAAAGACGUGAAUCCAUUUGUCUAUCCAACAUCAGAGACGAUACCAGUUCCAGCCAGGAAGGGGGAAGAGGUAUUCGCAGUUAUUGGCAAUAAACAACUGACUACCACAGACUUGAGUAACACUCAGAUUAACGAGCGUAAUGGCUCGAACAUAUUUCGCUGUGGUUCACAACCAAAGACUUGCACUGAAUCUUUAACUGGAGCAGGACUAGAGGAGAAUAUAAAGGACCAUAUGAAGCUUGAAAACCAAGGUGUUCUCAGGGAACUUUCUCAUCCAUCGAAUACAAUGCUGUCUUCCUCUGUGGUAACAGUUCUUGCACCUCAUUGGAACGGCCGACUACGACGAACCAAAAGAUUUGAUGGAAGUGACGAUUCAGGCACUCUGGAGAAUUUACAAGAUGUGGCAAACACUGUAACAAACAGUGAGCAUAGCUUCCAAAUGACUCAGAAUCAACAUGGUGUGGGGAGAAUGUUGGGCCAGUCGGAAGCCCAACUGAGAGGCCCUUAUCUGGGUUCAAGAAGGAAUACAGUGGGCAUGUCAACUAAACGCGUUCCUUCAAGUUUGGACCAUGAAUCUAAAAGGGAAAUGAGUCAAACUGUGUCUUUGGAUGUAAGUUCAGAAUGGAUGGACAAAAGGAAAAUAGAUGCAGGUGCUUCAAGUCCUAUCACGACAACUUCAUCUUCAGAGUUGCCCCUCUUCCUUGACCAAAAUGAACAGAGAAAUCCACAAGCUAUCCACAAGCUAGGCAUCUCAUCUUCAAGCUCAAAACCAACAACCAGUAGCCUUCUUCUGUCUUUAAGAAGAUUCCACUCCAAUAGCAGGGACUCUAAUGGAGACUCCAACUUCCCUGAGAGAAACCCACCUCCGCUGAGCAGAUCUCUAAGUGAUCAAAAUGGAAAAUUGUUCUCCCCACAUCACUCUCAAACCUUUGUGAAUAAUGAGCAAGAUAGGCCAAAACCUCUCCUCUCUACAACAUCAACUGCCUGUAGGACAACUGAAACUGGACCUUCUCUUUCUCCUUCCUCCUCCAAUCACAGAGAAAGGAACACUUCUGGGUCAUUAUUCUUUCCAUCUUCACCAGUAAACAGAGAAACACAAGACAGGUAUUUUGCCCAACUGCCUCACACAGUGAAUAGGCAACAGGACAGCUGGAGUUCAGAUAACAGUACAAACCUAUUGCCACAGACCUCUGUUCACUUGCCCAGACAUUCCACAUAUGACCGAUCUACCCUACUAAAAACCCAUUCACUUCCUAGAAGGACCACCCUGACAUCUACAUCUUGGUGGAAACAGGUUACCCAGGACAGCAGUUCUCCUCUUAACCUCUGUGAUAACAACGUCAACAAAGACAAGACAAACACACCAUUAGUUCCACCCUGUAAUGACAGUGGUGAUAUGGACUUUCUGAAUCUGAGUGACAACAAAAGACUGGGUACUCAAGUCCCCAUUAACAGAGACAACAGUACCAUGACAGAGUCUGUUUACAAACCUAACAUGAACUAUCUUAUGAAGACGCAGGGAGGACCUCUCAAUCUCAGUCAAAUAAAUGCUGAAAAUUCACCUGACCCAAAAUCAGACAGGCCUGUCCAGAAGCAAUAUUUUUCAACUUUAAACAACAGAGAACUACAAAGGCAUCACAGUACACCUGAUGUGUCGUCAAGUUGUAAAAUUAGCAGAGCUACAGCACAAACACCGAGUCACCCUAACAAUCACAGCAUGUGUGAUGUAAGCAAUAGUUCAUUUACAGCAAAUGCAACUGAAUUACCACGUACUUUGCUAAAUCCCAAGACUUCAAAUCCACCCAGAGAGAUCAUCACUAAAUGCAAAAAUAACAAUAUUCCACCCAAAAACACUCCCAUAUGUCCUCACAACAUGGACUCGCAGAGGUUUGCCAAACCAUCUCUUUCACUUAAUUCUUCCAUCACUCUUAACAAUCAAGCUCUUACUCAUCGAACUACCUCUGGUCUCCUCCUAGCCCCAAACACUCAAUGUAGUGCCUCCCACUAUUCUUGUCCAGUCUCUUCUCAGACUAGUAUUCAUGCCUCACACACUGGAUCCUCAUCCCAAACACCAACAUUCACCAACAAACCCAACACAUCCCCUCUUGGGUUUGAAAGGCAAUAUGCCUCCAUUCCCAAACCUUUCCACCAUAGAGCUAUAUCCAGCUUGAUUCCUACAGUCAGUAUGUUCUCUCAAACCAACUCUAGCCCCAUUCAUACUACUUCUAGCACAUCUUCCUCUACAACACACAGCCAUCAUGUAGGAAGGACUGAAGGACUUCUUAGUCCUUCUGUCAUCACCUCUUCUCUCCUAACUCCCCCUGCAACCCCAGUCAAUACCAGCCCCAACUGCCCAGAAACAUCCAGCCCAGAAAGACAUCCAAAGAAACCAUCAUCUGGCAUAGAAGGCAAGAGAGCAAGACGCGUAACAUGGGAGGACUCGGUGGAUCUGGAAUGCCCAGAGAAUGUCACAGUGGAGAAACCAGACACUUCUCAAGUCACAACAAAUUCCCCCUCUCCCUCUAGUUUCCCCCAUAGAUCUCCAUCCAUCUUUUCCUUUCUAAGAUCAAGCAGUCCAACAAAACACAUGUCUCCUCUAUGCCCUCCUACCCCUAGAACCUGCAUACAGGUAGGGAAAGGAGGGAAGUAUCGAUCUUUAUCAUCUGACUCUGCUGAUAAAGCAUUCAAAGAGCAUGAGAGAGACAAGCAAAGAACUGGUGACUCUAUGAACUUUGACCAGAGAAGGCAGGACAUAGCCACACCCAGCCAUGAAAGGACAAUAUCAUUUGAAUCUGGCACAGUUCAGAGUCAUUCCUCUGCUCCUCUCUCACUCCCUCCUGAUUUUUCAAACGAUUAUAAGAUCCGUUACAGCUCACCACCUUACUCCGCACUCAAGUCUGGAAGGCACACACAGGGAGAAACUAAAACAACAACACACAGAUUACCCAUUUUCCCACAAACAUGCCAGUCUAAUGUUACCCCACAACAUUCCUUAAAUGCUGACAUGGUUGGUGUUAUGCCCUUACCCAAGUCUAAACCUCCUCUUGCAUCCCGGUCCCUGUCCUUGCCUUUCACAAAAAGUCUUGCCAGGCAGGGAAGUUCAACAUGUGAACUUUCAGAAACAGAUGAAAAUAGCAAUAAGCAUUGCAAAAACGUCAGCCGAAACUGUCAGAAUAGUCAGGUAUUACUUGUUGACAACAGAGUUAAUGUCAGCUCACAGUCUUUGCAGGGUGAAGUGGCCCACAGCUCCUCAACAUAUGUAACUGAGACACUAGUUUACAGCAUUAAAUCUAAAGUAGAUACAGCCACAGCUGCCCCAAAGAACACCACACCUAAACCUUUGCAACACACCGCAAACACACAGGUUUCUGUGGAGACCAAGUUAAGUCAACAGUUACAGACAAUGCAGAGUAAGGAAGCAGCAGUUGAACCAUGUAGUCAUUCAGACCAGAGCUCCAGUGGCAGCAGCUCAACAGAGAGUCAGUCCCAGGGUAGUGAAGGCUACAGCAGAAGUGUCAAGGAAAGAGUACUGGGUAAAAGUAGAUUUUUUUCAGUGGAAGGUAAUAAUGAACAAAACUCAAAGAGAAACCGCUUUGCACUGAAAAAAAGUGACAGCACGCCUAAUAAUUUAUCAAGAUCAGAGUCAGAAAGAGUCACCAAGAAUAAUAACAAAAUGGACCAGGUCAUUAACAAACUGAAACAAAAACUCAGCUCUAGAUGGUCUGAGGAUGAUAUAUCAUUUCCAUGGAAGUGGAAGCGGGCCUCGCAGACACCCUCUGUUGGUGAACCCAGUGAUGUCAGCAAUGCCAGUGACAUCAGUAUUGAGAGUACCAAAACUCUGGACGAGAAAGGAAUGGUCCAGAAAAAAAGUAAAAAUGAAACAGUGGCUACCAAUACAUGGACGCAAAAUAGAUACACUAUCAUACCAUCCUCUGCUAUUGGAAGCACAUCAGCAGGAGACCAGUUUUCUCUUUGUCCACCAAAUCUGCAAACUGUCCAAGAUGAACAAAAUGCUUUUGCAGAACACACGCCUGAAAGUAAACCCCAGGUUCAUCUGACAGUGCAAAGCCCAACUGCACAACAGUUUGACUUUUACAAUGACUGCGGGACUGAUCCAAAAGCAACAAACCAGCUUCUCUCUUGUAGAGAUCCCAAGACUCUUAGGAGUCCCAAUUCCUCUGCUGCUUACCCCACUCAGUUUAGGAAGUCCACACCCAGCCCCAGGAGCCCGUUCUCCCCCUUCUCUUCUCUUUCGCCUCACUCCCCAUUUUCCUCAUCUGAUGUAAUUGAUGAUAAUGUCUUCUAUAGCCCAAAGCUGCAGCGUCGCAGAGAAUCCUCUUCUCCGUGUGAGCAAGGAGAUGGAAUUAGUCCGGGAGGUUCAAGAAAAAGCCGUGCAUCUACAGGCCCGCCAAGUAUAAGUCCAGGACAGAAUGAGGAACACAUUACAUCUUCAUACGCAGACUUAAAGUAUGGCAUCGGGAAUGGGAGAUCCUUCUCAGUCAGUUCAGUUCUCUCCAGUCGACCAUCUGGGCCUGGACGCAUUUCCACUGGAUCCAGGUUCAUGAGUGUGGGUGAUCUCUCUCAGUCUACUUUGUCUUGUCAAGACAAUGGCAGAGACUUUGAUCAGUGGUCAGUCACACCUUAUUGGAUGACCAACUCUGAUUGUCGACCUGCCAAUGACUCUCUAAUGUCACAUAUCCGCAGUGAUCCUGGUAAAAUGAGGUCGCGGUCUCUACCUCGAUCACUGACAAGAUGCUUGGCAAACUGGAGCUCAGGAGUCUCCCCUUCUCAACCUGCAACUUCCACAACCUCAAUGCCAACGCGCCUUCGCAGCCCUACCAUGAGCACUGGUCACUUUACAUGGGAGCCAGAGGGUCCGCCAACCCCUCCUCCAACACCUCCACUGUCCCCAGUUUCCAGACGCAUGUCCAAACCUCCCAGAAUUUCCUCUUCUACCUUUCCCAGCUCAUCAGGAGCACUGCAACAAGGAGACGGCCAGUCCUCCAGAGGACGUUUGCCCUACAGAGGUUGUGUAUCGAGCCUUAGCAUCUUUGAAGAGUCUUCUGACAGCAACUCGGAUACAACAACAGAUGAUGAAUAUUACUUAGAAUCAGAUGAAGACAGAGAGAAGGAGACAGAAUUAUAAAAGCACAGUAAUUGCUCUAAAGGCUUCUUUGACAUUUCUGCAAAGACUUGAGACCGAAAAACAAUAAGUUAGGACUAUAAUCUUUUUUGUACGAUGACCUCUGCCUGUUUCGUGUUUUUGGUGGCUCUCGUGAGUGGUGAGUUGUUUGAGUUAGCAGGUUGCUUGCAUGAUUUGCUUUUUGAAAGUGGUGGUUGCAGUCGUCAUAAAAAGACAUUACACUCCAUGAACAAUCAUGAUACUUAAAUAUGUUGUGCGUGCAACAUAUAUGUACAUGACUGCAGACCUGCAGUUUAUAGGUAAGCAUACAAAUAAGUAUUGUUCAGCAUUCAGUCUUUAGACCAUUGCAUGACAGCAGUGUGGUCCAUACUGUUUAUUUGUGUUAAAACGAAUUACAAUGUAAGAUUAGGUUUAAAGUUUCCAUUUCAUUCUCUACUGAGUACUAAGGCAAUGUGGAUAAAUAUGCUGUAAUAAGUUUAUCUGCUUCUGCUUUUGAAGAUUGAAAUAAGUUUUGUCAAAUGUUGUAAACAUGAACAGAUUUCCUUGCUGUUGCUUUAAAAGGUGUACUUUGGGAUGAAAUAUGAUCAUGUAAUGAUUAACAUUUUUCACAUGCUCUAUGCAGUGCUUGCUGUCAUUUGUACAGUCUAAAUCUAAAGUUGUAAUAUAUCUUUUUAAAAUAAAUGUAAUAUUUCCAAGAAGUGCUUGUGUUUGGGGGAUUUUUGAGAAAAGGUCGGUUAAAAUCCUCCUGCUGCUGCUUUAUCUCAAAUUAUCCAGCUUUAACCAGUAUAAUUAUUUUUUGGUGUCAUUUUAUCGUUGCAGCAUUGACAUGGCUAAUAAGUGAAAUAGUUUGUUAAUAAUUCAGCGAACAGAAGAUUGGCUGCCUGAGGUUAAGUUCCAUUCUGCAGAGAUAUUCAUUGGCCAUAUGAAUGAGUGGAGCCAUUAUGGUCUGUCAUUAUUUAAGUGGGUGUUCCCUUUUGUUAGUGCCGUGGCAACACAUACACUGUUGUGGUGAUGAUUAAACAUCCAUUAGAGUGCUUGUAAAUUGCUUUUAGUUUUCUAGGCAGUGUAUGUCAUGUCCUUAACAUUCCCACAUGGAUUUUUUCUCCAGUGAGACUUUCACACUGAGACAUUAAAAUCUGCUUUGUAUUAUUAACCAUGACUUAUCUAGGAAGGGCAUGGCUGCUUCACAUCAUGUGAUACAGUCUUCAGAGCGCUGACUCUGAAUCUUGUGUCAUAAAAAGGAAAGUGUAGCACUGAUGAAACACUUGGUCCGGACAUUAGUCUUGUGCAGAGCCCUCUGCUCUUACCAUAAAAAUUAGUUUGUGGUAUGCAGCCAGAGCUGGAGUAGCUGAUAAAGAGAUAGACAGGAAGCUUAGGUGGAACUUGUAUUCUGCAGUUUUCUGGUGAAGAUUUAAUAUUUAAUCACUGCACCAGGCUUUUUGUUGCUAUGGGAGUGUGAGUACAGGAAAUAAACCUGUACGCAGUAAAGGUGAUUUUGUGUGUUUCUGUGCAUGUGUGUGUGUGUGCGUUCUCGAGGUUAUUGCAGGUGAAGAUGAUCAAAGUGAAAAAGAAGACGUUGCCAAACGAGCUUUUGAUUUACUCAUUAUAUCAUCGGGUAUAUUCCCAUCAAAUGUUGUUAGGUAAGUACAGCAUUUGACAGGUAAAAUUAAUGAUUUAAUAUGUUACAAUUGGCCCACUAAUAUUGCUAUGUAUUAUUGUACUGACUGUUUAUACACUUUUGUGUGAUUUUCCCAAGACUGCAACUUCAGAACAAAAGAUAUUAAAUAUGAGUGAAGUUACCACAAAAUAUGACCAAAUAAAACAUUUUACAACUGAAAAGAUGUCCUUUUAAUUCUGAGGAACUGAAUCUGAGUUGCAUAACCUGAGUCUAAUAUGUUUAGCUACACUGCCCUCUGAUGGACUAUCUAGAUAUAGCAUUUAAAGUAAUAAGAUACCACUGUGCUACAGUUGUCAACAACAGAAGCUGGUCUGUCCACUUUCACAUUUUAUUGUGGCUACUGCAUUGUGGAUGUGGAACUUAAUUACUGGGAUAGGACUGGCUUCCAACUAGCUGUGAUGUUUCAGAAUUUUUCAAUGGAUUCAUUUGAACACUUAAAGACUGCUUGUUUGCCAUUCACAGGGACUCAUUUACACUGAAUUUCUUUUUUCUGCUUCAUGAAGUCUCUCCAUGCCAAGUCCAUGCCAAUGUCAGUGAACUCCCACACGAUGCCCUCUUUCUUGUACUGUUCUUGCUCCAACACAUGAAUAUCCUCCCUCUGCUUCUGUUUGAACUUCAUGUUUCCACGAUGCAUGAUGGCACCAGUCAGCUUAUAAAUGCCAUUCUUCUCCUCUUGGGUGAAGUCAAGGACAUCAAAACCUUCCUUAAACAACAAAAUGACAUUGGAAUUAGUUGUGAAUUUAUUUUGUGCAGGACAUUUUUCACAAAACCUGUGAAGCCAUUUCUUCCUCACAUCAGUGCUAUCAACUCUUCUGCAUCACUGACAGAGGCUACGGUUGUUUCUCCUUGUCAGAUGUAGGUGUAUUGAUAGGGGUUGUUGGUGAUCAACAGCAUUUCUGACAAAAACAAAGUAAGAAGUUUAAGUCACCAUGUUGAUGAUUCUUGACUAGUGUUGUAGUCUAGUGUUCAGGUUUCUGUUAUGACAGAAUCUUGUAGAAGAUGUGAUAUUUCCUCUCAGCUUUGAUCUGGUAGGUGACAUGAGCUUUCCCAGCUGAUGGGGAGAAAGGACUUUCAAAUAGACAGGAUAUACUAUGUAUUUCAUCAUUCUAGACCUUGGUUAGGUGACUUGAUAAAAUAUUGCAGUCCAUAAGAGGAAGUUACCAGCAAAUUCAAAUUGUAGGAAGUUAGCAAUGUAGUUUCAACAGGGGAUUUUGUCAUGUCAGUCUACUUAGAAGAAGUGCCCUUCAAAUGAAUAUAGUUAAGUAAUUUAACUAAGCUAUAAAACAACCAAGUAGAAAAAAUAUUCAAAACCGCAACCAUAAUAAUUGAAAUUAAAUAAGAUAAUAACUAUGUCACUUUCUUUGUUUUUACUAUAAAGUUUUCUUUUGUUCAGUCUCUAGAAAAAGUAACAUUGUAUUUUUAAUUUGUAAUGAUGUAAAGUUGUCAUAUGUAAGCCUACUUGCACGUGCUGCGUUCCCUUCUUGAUCUCUGUUUUUGAACUCCCCCAAGGAGGCAGAGCUCUGACACACAGCGGCCCGGGCAAGAAUACAAAGGAUCGAAAAUCUGUAACUGGAGAUAAAGGUGUGGCCAUUUAUAACUGUCCUUUAACCAUCAGCCAAAGCUUGUUAACUGAAACAGCAUCUAUUUUAUUUCUGUCCUUCAAAAGACAGAAAGUUUGAAAAGCAUUUUUUUUAUUUAUUACAGUCCACAUAGUUCUGACACAAAUUUAUAGGAAGAAAUUUGUUUUUGAUUAUUUCUCAAGAAUUUCCUUUUUAGCAUAUAAUAUAUUAAAAAAAAAAUAAAUCCCCACCUUUAUUCUUUAGUGGUUAUUAACUGAAACUGUUAUUCUGUCAUUACUACAGUAAGCCUCCUCUGGGUGUCUUCUGUUGUCCUAGAGCACAAAGAUAAACCUGUGAAUCUCUGACUUGGAUUCCUUCUCCCAGUCCUUUGGCUCCCAGUUGAUGUCAGCUGACCCUCCUCCGUCUAUAAUAAAAGGUCGAGUGUGACAGCUGCCACUUUCCAAAGGUUUUAGCAUACGGUGAAUAAAUACAUUUAGCUCAGACAGACCACGACUUAGCACCAGCCCCAUGAGCACAUAACUAAAGACAACAAGGUCAGUGCUUGUAAUAACUUUGACAUCGACCGAGGUGAUCCUUGAGUGACUUGCUUAUUGAAUGGGCCACCUGCUGACCUCCUUAAGAAGCACACAGUAUUAACAACUUAGAACCUCACCAUGCCUCUGUAAGUCUUCAUAAUAUUUCCAAAAGUAUUUGCUCACCUAUCCAAAUGACUGAAUUCAGGUUUUCUAAUCACUUCCAUGGCCACAGGUGUAUAAUAUCAAGCAAAUAGGCAUGCAGACUGCAUUUGGUUCGCUCUAAGGAGCUCAGUGAAUUUUACCAUCAUAUUUUUAAAUGCUUUUAAAUGCUCUACUUCCUCCAUGAGAGAUACAGUCAAAAUAGUUGCGCUCAUUAAUCAUGGUGUCCCUCAAGGUUCUGUCUUAGGGAAACUUCAGUUCUCUCCACACAUGCUGCGAUCCAUCAUCAAAAACUAUAUCUCAUAUAUGUCAAAUCUUCACCCUCGCUGAAUCUUUCCUUGACUGUUCUCUGAAUAGCCUGCAGAGCACUCAGUUCACACUCAACAGACAAAUUUGAGCAUGAACACCGUCAGAGGUGCAGCUGUCGGUGGUCAAGGCCAGGUAAUCACUGUAUAUUCUGGCGCAAACUGCUACUCCAUACUUCAAACGCUGCCUUGUUGACCUGAUAUUGUUUCCUUCCAUCUACUCUUGAGGACAAAAAUAGACCUGUGAAAUAGUUUUGGCAUUCCUUCUGCUGAGCUUAAGUUAAAAGAGGGCCUCUUCACUUUCACUUGUCCCUCUCAUGAACUGAAUAACCUGUCACACGAGGAGAAGUCACUAUGGCCAUAAGUAGCAAUUAUAUAUGAGGUGAUAAUUUAGCAAGGGGAUUCUUAGAAAGUUGUGAACUUCUUCAAGACGUUUUUACUAAUGAACAGUUGUGAUAUCUGACCGCUAGAGAGGCAAACAUAUCACAUCAUAGGUUCCUUUGAGGAAAUAGUUUGAAUUUUCAGGUCUCUGCAGUCGACACAAGGAUCAAGAGAGCUAUUUCUGAACGAUGCAAAGUGUGAGGCUGUCUACAAGGUGAUAAACCGUCUAGGGAUAAGAAUCGUGUCAGACAUAAGUAGAAGUAUCUUCUCCUCCAAGACCUUUGCAUCGCAUAACAAGACCUUGUCAACACUUGACACUUAAAGUCUUAAGCAUCGAGUAGUCUUAUUAGCCUUCAUACUUUUUCUGUCUGCAGUCCUAUCCGCAGCUGUACUGCAGCGCUGUUUCAACUGUGGACAUGCUCCUGACAUCUCCUUCACAGUACUGUGGCUUCAGAAUGACAUGCAGGUGUUUUAUUUAACAAAGAGUGAGUGGAUAGGGCAUGUGAACAUGUAGAUAAGCUAAGUAAGCUAUAUUGUUUAGGUGGAUUGCGGAAUAGAUUCCACUUUAAUUGCAAUGUUUCCCCAAUACAAAGUUAAAUUCAACUUGUAAAUGCAUGAAUGGAUUUCUGUAAAUAAAUGUAAAAUAUUCAACAAAA